AUGUCAGAACCUCUUUGGAACCCCGCUGAGUAUGGGCCGGAGAUAAGAUACAAAUCUUGUCUCGUAUUCGAGAACAUUGGGAUCCCCUAUGUCAUUUGGUUUGAAGAUGCUCUGGUACACCAUGGGGUUCCCACGAUAGUCUUCGAUUUAUAUGUCCUUGUCUUAGACAUUGUUACCGCUGCCGACGCCCUUAUGAAAUCUGGAUGGACUGUUGAUACCCAAAACCCUCGUCGAAUUGGGGAUUCAGUUGUGGCAAUUCCGCAAACACCACUGAUCUCCCCCGACCAGAAAACGAAGACGGUCCUUCUCCUCGCUUCAGACUGGAAGUUCCCUCUCGCGACCGACUCACCUCUCGAAAGAGUUCCUGUGACCAACCGUUCCCACUCCUCAAAGCUGUCGUUCCCCCUAUUGCCAGGCUUACUCGAUGCCCUGAUUGAAAGCUGGUUGGUCGGUCCCACUGAGGACCCCACAUUAUUGCUUCGCCUGUCAUGUUAUUUUAACUAUCUGUACGAAUACGUGCCGGCACUUAAAGAGCGAUCGUUUGCCGACCAGAUGAAAUACGAGCAUCGCCAGUUCCAUUUCGAUGUACUUGCCGGGAUGGAUUCAUUAGGCUUCCCCUUCAGAAACCACCAACGUGGCAUUAAAGAUGCGCUUUUGCAGGGUCGAUAUGAGUUACAGGAAUGCUCGGCGCCUCGCGAGGAUGAAGCCCUCUUUGGUGGCUGGGGGAAAGUUCGCCUUCCAGACCCAGUGCACGAUGAAUCAGUGGAGUAG